GGGUCUAAGUAUUUUAAAUCUUGAAUGUAAAGAAGAAUUAAAAUGUGAAAAUAAUAUGACAGUUCACGGGGAUAAUCGUUGUCAAACAGUAAGUCGAUAUAUCUUGCAAACUGUUGAUAAUGAUCUUGUCCAUGUGAAGCAGAAACUAAGACAUAUAAAUGUCACGUUACCAAAAUUGUAUCCAUUUGCUGGCGAUAAAGAUUUAGUAGCAUCUUUAGAGCAGCAGGCAUAUGAGCAGCAGCAGCAGCAGAUCAAUCAAAAUAAACAGAAUUUCGGAAAACUACAUUUAAGUUCCCGAAUCGGUACAACAUCUUUAGUUUUUGCAGGCGUUGCGUUCUUAGUAUUAGUAGUUAUUGUAAUUGUUCUCGUAUAUCGGCGUAAGAAAAAUUCGUUUCCAACAGUUCAGUUAACUACUAUUCAGCAACCAUCAGUAACAGUUGAUUUCUUAAGUGUCGCUAAUUCAUGGACAAGCAAAAAUAAAGCGCUCUGGGGUAAAUAA